UACACUAUUUCCGAACGGCUAGUGUGCUAGUGGUGUUCACAUGGUGUGGAUUCCCGAAUGUAAUGCACGUUGACUCAUUUACGACAUGGACAGUCAGGUAUGUGGAGACGGCAGGUUGAUAGAUCUUAUUGAUGAAGGUUGGCGCAAAGAAAGAUUGCCUAUCGAUGAUAUCUCAACACCAGUAGCUGAAUUACCAGAUCCCGAAAGUGAUAACGGUGAUUCUCACAUGACAUUGAAAGAGCUGGAGCAGAGAUGGAACAAUUUGGCAUUGGGAACCCUUAGUGACAACCAUCUGCAUUCUCCGACUCCAUUGCACAAUUGAAUCCUCUAAUUUUCUGAACAUAUAUUA